AUGGCGGAGCACUUGGCCUCCAUAUUCGGAACGGAAAAGGACCGGGUUAAUUGCCCGUUUUAUUUCAAGAUCGGCGCAUGCCGCCACGGCGACCGCUGCUCCCGCCUCCACAACCGCCCCACAAUUUCGCCGACGCUCGUCCUCGCCAAUAUGUACCACCGUCCGGACAUGAUAACCCCCGGCGUCGAUCCCCAGGGUCAACCCAUCGACCCCAAGAAGAUCCAGGAGCAUUUCGAGGAUUUUUAUGAGGAUAUAUUUGAGGAGCUUAGCAAGUUCGGCGAGAUCGAGACCCUCAAUGUUUGUGAUAACCUCGCUGAUCAUAUGAUUGGGAAUGUUUAUGUUCAGUUCAAGGAGGAGGAUCAGGCUGCUGCUGCUCUCCAGGCUUUGCAGGGGAGGUUUUAUUCGGGUAGGCCCAUUAUUGUGGAUUUUUCUCCGGUUACUGAUUUUCGCGAGGCUACGUGCAGGCAGUAUGAGGAGGAUAAUUGUAACCGUGGUGGGUAUUGUAAUUUUAUGCAUGUGAAAAUGAUUGGGAGGGAGCUUAGGAGGAAGCUGUUUGGGAGUCACCACCGCAGGUUCAGGGGAAGUAGAAGCCGCAGCAGGAGUUUGAGUCCCCCACACUACCACAGGCGAGAGAAGGAGAGGGAUAGGGACUAUGAUCCUCGUGAUCAUCGCAGAGGGGAUUAUCGGGGUGGUAGUGGGAGGAGGGGUGGUAGUGGUAGCGACAGACAUGGAAGGUACGAGGGAGAGAGAAGAAGGCAUGGGGCGAGUCCUGCUCCGAGGAGGAGCAGGAGUCCAGUGAGAGAAGGAAGUGAGGAGCGGAGAGCUAGGAUUGAGCAGUGGAACCGUGAGAAGGAGGAGAAAGCAUAG